AUGGCGGAGAAUUUGACGGCCGAGUCAUUCGCCGAGUAUGGCAUUGGAAUGGCCUUCCUGCUGGUGCGGCUUUAUGCGCGGCUGUCCUUGGGCGGGAUUCGGGGACUGCGUCUGGAUGACGCUUUUGCUGUUGCGGCCAUGGUCUUUUGGACUAUGAUGACGACCAUCAUCUAUUUCCUGGGGUCGUAUGGGACCAACAUCGGUCUGACCGAGCAGUCCGCCAUGCUCGUCCCGGACAGCAAAGUGCCCGAUAUGAUUCUGGGCUCGAAGUUGGCCUUUUCGAACUGGAUCUGGUAUAUGACCUAUAUCUGGUGUCAGAAGGGUGUUCUACUGUGUUUGUUCUGGAAGCUCACACAGGGAACCUGGCACACUCAUCUGGUCGCAGGAACCGCCGUAUUAUGCGUAGUGACCUGGCUUGCCUGCAUCUUGACCCACGUCUGCCUGUGCACGCCCUUAUACCACAAUUGGCAGAUCAAGCCCUACCCCGGAGACCACUGCACCCUCAGACAGCCACUCUACGUCGUGAUCGCCGUGCUGAACGUCAUCACUGACAUCUGCAUCAUGCUCAUCCCAAUUCCCAUCCUCACCAAACUCCAAGUCCCCCUCCAACGCAAACUGAUCCUAGCCGUCAUGUUCUCCUCCGGCUUCUUCAUCAUGAUCUGCACCGUCUUACGCUGCUACUAUUCUCUCGGCGACAUCACCAACCUCCCCAUCGCCCUCGGCUGGGCCGACCGCGAAUGCUUCGUCGCUGCCAUCGUCGUCUCCCUACCGGGCAUCAAGCCGCUCUUCCGCAACACGCGCUGGCUGGGCUCGACGAACCGCAAGGACUCCAAGGUCCCCUACCACAACGGCGAUGGGUACAACCAUUUCGGGUCCAAGACGUCAGGGAAGACGAAGACGUUUAUUUCUUCGCGGCGCAGCAUGAGUCACGGGCGCCACUAUGAGAUGGAUAGUGUUUUGCGCACGGAGAAGGGGAGCCGUCUUUCAUCCGGGGAUAGCGAGGAGUAUAUCUUGGAGAGCGCGACGAGCCCGGCGCCUCGCGAGAACGGACAGGCACCGGAAAGUCUGGCCAUCCAUGUCACGACGGAGUAUAGGCUUGAGUCGGAACGGGGCGGGGCGGGACGGUCUGUGAAGUCUCCUAUGGUUUAG